CUCCCGUCUUCAGAAAUCCAGGCUCCCCGUCUCGGGAAAUCCGGACUCUCGUCUUCACCAAUCUGGACUGCCGUCUUGACCAAACGGGACUCCCGUCUUCAGAAAUCCAGACUCUCGUCUUCACCAAUCCAGAUUCCCGUCUUGACCAACCAGGACACCCGUCUUCAGAAAUCCAGGCUCCCCGUCUCGGGAAAUCCGGACUCUCGUCUUCACCAAUCUGGACUGCCGUCUUGACCAAUCCCGGACUGCCAUCUCGGCCAAUCCAGUCUCUCGCCUCAACUGAUCUGUUGCCUUGGCCAAUUAGGACUCUGGACUCAGUUAACCUUGACCCUUGCCUCAGGUUAUCCGGGCUCUUGACUCAAUUGAGAGUCGAUCCCAACGGGUCGGCUGUUUCCCCAGGGUCGUUUCGCCCCGUGUCCUUAUGCCCCACCCUCGUCCGUAACCCACUGGGAAUGCCGCUGGACGUGAAGUGGCCGUUCCCAAGCCGUCAGGGCUGGAUCUGGACGCUCAGCAGUGCCGUGGUAACAGCCAUGGUGGGCAUCUACAGCCGCGUCUUGACCAAGUACAUGAACUGCCUGACUGUCCACAACAGGGAAGUGCUCUAUGAGUUGAUUGAGAAACGGCCCCAAGGGAAGCCCCUCAUCACUGUCGCCAACCAUCAGUCCUGUAUGGAUGACCCACACAUCUGGGGUGAGGCAUGGCAGUAUGUGGAUGUGAGAGGGAGUGCAUGCCAGCAUGUGUGUGUGUCUGUGACUGAGU